GUUCUCAUUCCUGCCAUCCAAAGUUUUCCAUUCAGAUUUUCAGCAGCAAAAACCUUAAGCGUAAGUUUCCACACUUCAGGGUUUCCCCAAAGUUUCAGACUUUUUUUUUUUUCUAAAAACAUGACCAUGAAGAGAGGCAGAGAUAUUGAGGCCAUGGACAUGGCAAACUGCUUGAUGUUGCUAUCCAAGGUUGGCCAAACCGACCCAUCGAUGCAUUUCCAGGGUCGUGUCUUCGCAUGCAAGACGUGCAACAAAAGAUUCUCAUCUUUCCAAGCACUCGGAGGGCACAGGGCGAGCCACAAGAAGCCGAGGCUAGGAGGAGGAGAUAACCUUUCGGAGAUGCCUGCUUCACCCAAGAAGCCAAAGACCCACGAAUGUUCAAUCUGUGGCCUGGAGUUUGCCAUAGGCCAAGCCCUUGGGGGUCACAUGAGGAGACAUAGGGCUGCCUCAAACGAAGGGUUGGUGACUCGGGAUUUGUUGCCAGAGAUGAAGAAGUCGAGGGACGCUGAAAGUGAUUUGUGCCUGGAUCUGAACCUGGCGCCAUGGGGAAGUGAUUUGGGGUUGAAGGUAGGGAAGGUGGUGCCGGCGCCUGUUGUUCAUUGUUUUAUAUAAGGAUCUUUUGGUUGUUGUUCUUGUAAAAAACCUGGUUCAUAUUUACCCAUUUUUUUGUGGGCAUUUUUUCUUGACACUUGUUCUUAUGAACAGGGUAUAGACAUAGAUGAUUUAAUUUCUUGAUUCUUUUUAGUAGUUAGUUGGAGUUGAACUUUUUGUAUACACAGUUGCUCCUCCAUUUUUACUAUUGAAUUUCUUUAUUAAAAUCCUACAUCUUUUCUGGUCCA